UCAGCGGCAUCAGUAAAAAGCUCGUUUAUUUACGCGCAAAAUUCAAGUUUCGCGGUGGUUGGUGGCUAUGAAGUCAAUUGACAGCUUGUCGGAAUACGGGAAGUCUUAUACAUACUUAGACAGUGCUAGAGAUGAGUAUUAUGAUCGUCUGAAGUUCAGAAUCGAGAAGCGAAACUCUGAAUACUCACACCAACCUUUUUUGUGGGAGGACUUAGAAAAUCUCCGUCUACGGGAUCCUGAGGUGUCACAUCUUGGGAAUAUUUCAUGCGAUGCAAGUGAAAACAGUAAAGACGAUGAAAUUGCGGUGGAUGGCCCUGUCAAUCAUCCUGAUGACGCAGUGACAGACGAAGGUGAUGGACAGGAAGUGGAUGAAGGCAGUAUUAACCAAAAUAAGAAAGAAGUUGGCAUUCAAACUCAGAGGCUGUGUCUCCAGAAGACGAUUGAGCAACCCAAAGCUUUCGUACCUUAUGCUAUUGGUGGUUCACCCGGUCCGACGUCUGGUGUAAAGAGGACAUUUAACGUUAAGUCCGAAAGAGACGUUUAUCCCUCUGCCGUUCGAGCUGGAAUUCGUCGUAGAGAAAGGCUGAUGGGUUUGGAUCAGAUUAAUUCAUCAAACUACAAAAUGUCAUCUGAAGUUAUUGCACCAAAAUCACGUCUUUCUAAAAAUAAAUCCAGCCCUGUGUGCAAAACUGACAAGAAAUAUGUGCGUGUUCCGCGACAAUCAGCUGUAGGGACCGUCAAUACAUCCCGAUUAUCUGGUUCGGCUGCUUCAUAUUCUGAUCUUAGUAAUAACGGUCCGCAACGUGAGAAUACAUGGACUUCUGAGUACAUUCAAAGAUAUCCAUUAUAUCCAUCUUCAGUGUAUGUUCGUAGUGCAUCUGUCGCUGCAGGUCGUUGUCGUCCACUUUCUUUUUCACACAAACGACCGUCAUCUUCCUUCCCAGAAAGUUUGGUUCCAUCUACACCAGUACUGUUAAGUUGCCGUGGUUCGAACCCUGCUCCUAGAAGUAGUCGAGCAACUCGCUGUGAUAUUUGCUCAUUUGUAGAUCCCAGUGGGAAAUGUGCACGUCCGUUGCUUCGCGCACAUUAAAAAUUAAUAAAUCACAUCGCUGCCAUGUUUACAGCAACGAUUUUUAUCUAAAAUAGUAUAUACUAUGUUUCUUUCAUCCAUUCCAGCUUGCUUUUACAGACACAUCAUUUUUUCCUCAUCCACGAAAUAAUUUUAGUUUUUUCAACUAUGCACCAGACAAUCUAAGCUGUUAUGUCAAUAAUAACACAGAUUCAACUUUGAUAUAUAUAGAACAAAUAUAUGUAUAUUUGGCAUGUUAUUUACUUCUGUUUUCUAUGUCCUGCAUGUUUGUGUACGAUAAUAAUUGUUUAGCAUUUUGCAGCCUUAGUUCAUAUUUUCAGAAGUGUUUGUAGCCCCUUUUCAGCAUGCGUUACGGUA